AUGAAUACCGAUUUGAAACAGCCUGGGGAGUGGAGUGAGAUCCUUUCUGACACUUACCAGAAUAGACCAUUAAGCAUUGAUACACCAUAUGGCUUCCAGCACGACCUAGACAUUAAAUACGUGAAUGAAAUUGAACGGAGUGUCACCAUUCGCCGGCUGGAAUUUAGAAAGCGGCCCAGAGAGGCAAACCCAGCCUCUGAGCCGCAGAGCAAUAUAAACCCCUCACGCUGGACAUCCUCAGAGUCUCUGUCCUCUGUAAGCAGUGAUGAGGCCCAGAAAAACUCUCUCUCCACAUCCUCUUCUGCUUCAAUCAUCAGAAGAAGACCCCCACUCCCUCAUCACCAUUCCAAACCUAAAUCCUCAAAUCAAGGUCCUGAGGUCUCUCAAGGUCCAUCCGCCUCUAGAGUGGAUUCAGAUGGGACACCUUCCCCAGCCAUGCAACAUCUUACCCAAACCACACUAAAUCCUGUAGUGGAAAAAACCUUGAUGGAAACAUGUAAGUGUUUGGAAAAUGAGAAGGGAUCAGGAGCACCGGAAACACACCCACGUCGUAGGCUUGCAAGUUUCAGUGGUCUUGGGUCUAGUGGUACACAGUCCCCAUACACUAGCUUGUCUGGCCUAAAUCAGAUCCGUGCUCAACACAUUUAUAAAGAUACUAAAAUGAUGCUCCUAGACCCGCCCAGCCAGGGACCUUUGUUAAUCGGGAGCUCCCAUAGGAUCAGCCCUUUAAGCUCUGGUCGGGCAACUCCAGUAAGUAGCGUCUGCCCGCUCCAUCUGCAGCUGGUCAGGGAUCAGAUGGCAACUGCAUUAGAGAGACUAAAACAUCUGGAGGAGCAAGUAAAAGUCAUACCUGUCCUACAAGUGAAGAUCUCUGUGUUGCAGGAAGAAAAGAGACAACUGUACGCAUUGAUCAAGAACCAAGAUGAUCAACAAUCAGAUGGAAUAAAGGAGAGCAGUAAUGAACCUUUAGAAGAUAUGGAUGGUUUGGAGCACAGCGAUCUUUCUGUGUUAACAGAGUUCAAACAACUCAGUGUUGAAAUGCAACUGCUUGAAAAGAAGAUCCAAGAUGCACGUCUUGAGACUCAACAAUCUUCAGGCCUCGGAAAGAAGGUUUUAAAGUCUGUUGCAGUGGGAAAUGACUUUUAUGAAGGUGAGACAAAAUCAGUAUUUAAGGAUGCAAUGCUCAAAGCAGAAAUGUGCAGGUUACGGAGUGAAUUACGAGAAGCAGAAGCAAGGAAUCGCUCUGACAAGAGUUCCACCGCACAACCCCAGGUGAAAUCUAUCUCUAUCCAGACCAGGUCACAAACUCACACUCUUAGAGUCGAAAACCACACACACCUUGUAAAGUCUUUGGUUGGGGAAGGGCCGGAACAAGUUUCCAUUGCUGUUGGAGUUUCCUGUACGCCUACGAUGACAUCCGUGUCUUCCGGCCCAGACACACCUAUGGAAGAGUGGGAAGUACACAGAAGAGUUGAGAGAAAAGAUCAAUGUGUUGGAAGCAUAUCCGUGCCAACCUGUAAUCAAGGCAUGGUAACCUUGGAGAUGUUGGAUAAGAGGAACGUGUCUUGUCAAACGGUGGGCACUGUUUACCGCAUGCUUAAUGUGAAUGUGGUCAAAUCGCUUGCUUCCCAAGGAACUGUUACUGACACAGUACGAAGGAGCGACUUUUCUGUGAUGGUGGCCCCACAGACCACCUCACAGCGUACCAGUACGCCUGUCUGUACGGUCUCCCGUAGCACCAGCACUUCGCAGGCCUAUGUCGCCGAAGCCAGCACAAAUACAAAGCACAUGCUCACAAGAGGUAGACAUACCAACACAGCCCAUGCAACCACCCGAUCUUUGGCGGUUGGGGACGGGAAAGUUUGCGAAGGAGUGGGCGCCGUUCAAAUGCGCUCUGUUUCCGUAGGAACCCCUGUAUUUUUAGAAAGAAAUGCCACCCCUGGUCUCCCCAAGGUUAUGACACGUCACAUUGGUGUUGGAUUGACAAAUAUCAAUGAGAAUGUUCUUAUAGGGCUUCGCACACGGAACAUUGCAUGCGGCCCUUCCCGGUUACCGGAUCCUGUGAAGACACGUAGCAUUGGUGUAGAGGUGGGAGACGGGAGGAUACGUGAUGCAGAGGGACACAUGUAUCCUCAAUUAGAACCUGGACUUGAUCAUUACAUAGAUCAUAUGCAAAGAUUACUAAAAGAACAGCAGGACCUGCUGACCGACAGCCAGUUGGGGUCAAAAGAUGAGGUCACGCUCCAGUCUCAUGGUCAUGUAGAUACACAAGUUCUUGUCACUGGUCAAAGCCAGACACCAAAAGUGGAUGACAGUGCAAGGACUAAACCGAAGAAUACAACAGAGCAGCAGAUGUCCCCUGCUCUUCACGACUCACCUAUUGAUGAUCACUGUCUGAGGUCCAUCAUGAAAAGGAAAAACAUGAAUCAGAUAUCCACUGAUGGUUUGAAUAUCCCUAAGCCUGCACCUCUUGGGCGCCCUCGAUAUGGAGGUAUUGAGGUUUCCUUGUCUAAGUGCGGUGAUUGUGAGGAAGAAGAGAAGAAAUGGCAGAAGAGGCAAAAAGAAGGAAAUACCAAAGCUGAAGGGACGUUUCCCAAGAGGAAAGAAAGGUACAAGUUUUGCGCCAAGAUGCUUUCUUCCUGCCAAACUCUGGAGGUUUAUCUCAGUGGCAGUAAGACCAUAUCCAACAGAGAACUGUGCUCCAGUCUUAACACAGUUCAGCAGGAGUGGUUCUGUGUGUCCAGUCAGAAGAGGGCUUGCCCAAAGAACGUGGAGGACUUUCUGUCUGCCUGCCGCCUUGUCUCACCGGAUGUACUGUGCUAUGUGGCCAAUAUGGCUGAUCAGAAUGGAAACACAGCCCUUCACUACAGCGUGUCUCACUCUAAUUUCAGCAUUGUAAAGAUUCUACUAGCUGCAGGGGUGUGUAAUAUAGAUCAUCAAAACAGGGCUGGAUAUACUCCGAUAAUGCUUGCUUCUCUGGCUGCCGUGGAAACAAACGAAGAUAUGAUGUUGGUGAAAGAACUCUUCAGCAGAGGAGAUGUUAAUGCUAAGGCCAGCCAGGCUGGCCAGACGGCUCUCAUGCUUGCAGUCAGUCAUGGGUGUAUAGAUAUGGUGGAGGCUCUGCUGGCUGCUGGAGCAGAGGUCAACAUCCAGGACGAUGAGGGGUCCACCGCUCUCAUGUGUGCCGGUGAACAUGGCCAUUCAGACAUCGUCAAACUAUUACUGGGCCAGCCGGGAUGUGAUGCCACGCUGACAGAUAAUGAUGAAAGCACUGCACUGUCCAUUGCUUUGGAGGCCAGACACAAAGACAUUGCUAUGCUUCUCUACGCCCAUGUCAACUACUCAAAGAGUAGUUCAGGUACCAGGGGAUCUCCUCGAAGCAAGACUCCACCUGCACCAUCUCAAAUAAGCUCUUCUGAGUGAAAUUACAUUUUGACAUGCUCUACAUUCAGAUAUCCUUAGUAUUACCUGUUUAAUGAAAUGCUAUUAUACAGCCUUGACCGAGAUGUGUAUUUACUGAUAUAUAUUUAAAUAUUUGUAAGAUUCAAGAGCGCAUUCACUGUGCACGCAGUAUAAGCCAAAUUCUUCUUCUUUACCGAAAUGUGUUAAAAUAUUUUCCAAUUUGACACAUACAACUAUGCAAUUUAUCAAUAAUAAAGACCUAUAGUUUAAUUGUGACUGUUAAUGUUACAAUUUAUUAGGAAACUGUAACAGUUUCAAAUAUUCCUAUUAAGGUACAGGUAUAUAAAUUUGAUGCAUUUUACUAUACAGUAUUGUUGUUAAUAUUUUCAUUUAUUCACUUCAGUUUGA